AUGUCCGGAGAUUCGUCUGCUACUGAUAAGGCCACGCUGCCGUUUAGCGAGCAGCAUUAUUUUUCAUCCUAUGACCACUUCGGUAUUCACGAAGAGAUGCUAAAGGAUACGGUCAGGACUCUGAGUUACAGAAAUGCCAUCAUGAAGAACAAGGACCUUUUCAAGGACAAGGUGGUUCUUGAUGUUGGCUGUGGAACUGGGAUUCUUUCAAUGUUUGCCGCCAAAGCUGGUGCCAAACAUGUCAUCGCCGUCGACAUGUCCAACAUCAUUGAGAUGGGUCAGAAGAUCGUGGAUCUUAACGGACUGGGCGACAAAAUCACACUUUUGAGAGGAAAGUUGGAAGAUGUUGUGCUUCCAUACAAAAAGGUGGAUAUUAUUAUCUCUGAGUGGAUGGGAUACUUUCUCCUCUACGAAUCCAUGCUUGACACUGUACUGUAUGCUAGAGAUCACUACCUUGUCGAGGGAGGACUCAUUUUCCCAGACAAGGCUUCUAUUAAACUUGCCUUGAUCGAAGACGGUAACUACAAAGAUGAGAAGAUUCACUACUGGGAAAACGUGUAUGGCUUUGACUAUUCUCCGUUCAUCGAUAUUGCCAUGGCCGAGCCAUUGGUUGAUAUUGUCGACAACAACUCCGUGGUUACGAAUGCUGUGACCGUUUCCGAGAUCGACAUCAACACUGUCAAGAUAUCUGAUUUGCCAUUCGAGACUCCUUUCAAACUCAAGGCCUUUAGAAGCGAUCUGGUUCACGCCGUGGUUGCUUGGUUCGACAUCGAUUUCCCUUUUGACUCUAAAAACGGCGAGAAAGUGACUUUUUCAACUGGUCCACACGCUCAUUACACUCACUGGAAACAGACUGUUUUUUACCUGAACCAAGUCCUUGAUGUGAAGAAGGACGAGGUCGUUGAGGGUAUGAUCGCCUCCAGACCUAAUGCGCAAAACCCAAGGGAACUCGAUCUGGAAAUUCAAUGGGACUUCAAAGCUCAAGGAGAAGGCGACUCAAGAGCCCAAGCUGGUAAACACAACUAUUUCUUGCGCUAA